CGGUGAGGUGACCGGUGACCGGUGACCGGUGACAGCGGCAGCAGCAGCAGCGGCGGUGAGGAAAUUUAUCUGAAUUUGCAGUGAAACGUUUCUUGUCAUGACCACCACUUCCGAACGAAAGUUUGUAAACCUACGAAAACGUUUAGAUCAACUUGGAUACAGGCAGCCCCUCGGGAUAGACACACUCCCCCUGGUGGAAAAGCUUUUCAGUGAUUUGGUGCACACUACAGAAAGCCUUCGCAAUGCCAAGCUAUUAUCUGGAAAAACAGAAAAAGAGAGCAGGAACUUGGACUCUGUACUUGAGCCAUACAGAACUGAGAAUGCACGUCUUGUCCAGGAAAACAACAAACUGCAUCAGGAAUUACUGCGGUUAAAAGAGGAAUCAGAUCAACAGAUCAAAGAUUUAAAAUACACCAUUAGAAAAUUAGAGCAUGACACUGCAGAUUUGAAAUUCUUAAAUAACCAGUAUGUACACAAAGUACGAUCACUGGAGAAGGAGAGCAAAGCAAAGACUGAAAAGAUUCAGCAGUUACAAGAGAAAAAUCUACAAGCAGUGGUGCAAACACCAGGUGGCAAAAGGCGCACUAUCCCAUUUCGCCGACAGCGAAUGCAAAUUGAUCAGUCAAUUCCUCCAUCAGGGAUUGCAUCAGCGCCACAAAUGCAUACUGAAGAUCCCUACUAUCUGGACCUAUUGAAUGUGGCUGAUGAUAGAAUAAUGGGUCUUCAAGAUACAGUUAAUAAUCUCAAGGCUGAACUGGAUAAAUCAGAUCGCGGUAUGAGAAAAUUUCAGAGACAGGUUGACGCAAGAGAUGAGGAAAUAGAGCGCCUGAACCGAUCACUGGAAGGUGGUCGGCCUCAUGAUGUUAUCUCUCUUGAAUCUAAAAACAAGAGCAAUGAACGCCUUAUAGCACACUUAAACCUCCAGGUUGAAUAUCUUCAGAGAACUAACUGUGAUCUGGAGAAGCAGAUGAAGGAACUUCUGGAGAAAAAAAGCGAGGCAACAAAUGAGGUUGUAAACCUCAGCACUAAAAACGAACACUUGUGUAAUGAAUUGAAUGAGAUUGACCAUUUGGCACAACAAUUAGAACGCGAUAAAGAAAUUGCCCUGGAAAUUGCUGAUAAAGAAAUCAAAGAAGCAAAGGGUGAAACCAAAAGACAGUGUAGAGAAAUAGAAGAACUUCGAGAAAAAUUAGCUAAGUUCAGGGUUGAUGAAAUCCAGAAACAGCAUAGAGAAUUGGAAGGGUUUGAAGAAACAAUUGCUAGACUGACCAGAGAAUUGACUGCAACACAUAAUACUCAUGCUAAAAUUCAAGACGACCUGCAGUGUAAAACCAAAGAAAAUCAAACACUUCAUGAUUUGUUUAAUCAACUAAAGAAGGAAAAGCAAAGGCUGCUUGAACGGGUUGAUGAACAAGUGGCCACAGAACGAGAAAUAGUGGUAGAAUUGGAGAGAAUGCGAGCACAGCAUGGUAUUUUAAGAAGGGAUACAUCACCAUCUCGUCUAGACAAAUUUAUAAAGACUUUAGAAGAAGAAAGGGAUUAUUACAAAUUUGAAGUAGAAUACCUGCAGGAUUUGGUAUCCGGAAGAAACAGCCCAAUCUGCUCUCCAAGACGUGGGCGAAGUCCAACACGUAUUACACCUGUUAAGAGCAGCAGCCUUAGUUCUGAACUGUUGCAAGUUAUCAGAGAACGGGAUGAGUUGCAGUCAGUGCUCGACAAAUUUGAGCAACACAUGGCAGAGAUCCAAUCAAAUGUCAAGGUGCUGACAGCAGAGCGAGACAAAUUGCUUAUGAUGUAUGAACAGAAUCAAGAUGAAUUGAACAAAUUAAAAAAGGAAGUACUAAUAUCGCCAAUAUGUAAAAUGCGUGUGGAAGAUGAAAGGGAAGAAGCUAAAGCAGAACUGAAGAGAAUGACAGCUGAGAGAGACAGCUUGAGGGAGAGAGUGAAGGCCAUUCUAGAAACAGCCGAUUUAAACACGAAACAGAUGGAGCAACAGAUAUCACAUUUAGAAAAUAAAGUAUGUGAACUUGAUAAUAAAUGCUUUGCCUUCAAGAAGAAAGUAACAACACAAAUGGAAGAUAUAGCAACACUUGAAGAAAAGACCAAGUUUCAGUCACAAAAACUCUUGCAAUCAAAUGAUGAUGCUUCUCACCUGAAGGCAGAGAUGAGUUCAUUUAGGUUGCAGAAUGAACACCUGGAGAAAUCUCUUGCAGAUGUGCAGCAUCGAUUAGCAAUGAAAUCUAAGGAGCUGCAAACUUUUCAAGAUCGAAUUGGCAGACAUGAAGAAAGGCUAGGUGAGUUCAGUCGGCAAAUUUCUGUUCAACAAGAAGAGGUCAGCUUAUUAAAAAGUACAAUAUCUGCUCUGGACCAAGAAAAGGAUUGCCUGCAGGAAGCUAUGGAUGACAAAACUGAAAAAAUUGCAACUUUAGAAGAUAAUCUUGCCAACAGGGAAAAGGCCUUAAAUAAUAUGAAGAUUACUGUGACUGAACUGGAAUCUGCACUAGAUCUUUUGAACGACACUUUGAGUAACCGAGACCGGGAAAUAAAUUCCUUGCGUCGUCAGCAUGAUUCCAUUCGUAAGGAACUGGAGCAAGUAAAACAGUCUCGAGAUAAUGGUUACAAAGAAAAUCGUUGCUUGCAAGAUGACUUGGCUCAAAUGACAAGGGAAAAUCAGGCAAUCAACAGUGAACUAGACCAAGCUUUACAUGAAAAGGAUGAUUUGAAAUCAAGAGUACAUAACUACAUCAAUGAGGUAGCAAGAAUAGAGAGCCUAAUGGUUGCCAAGGAACAAGAGCUUCAUCACAUGCUGGAGCAAUACCGACUGGCAACUAACCACGCUGAAAACUGGGAGCAUAAGGCCCAUCAGGCAGAGGGAGAGAGCAAUUCAAUUCGUUUGGAGUUACUGUCUAUAGAUACAGAGAGGAGACAUCAUGAGGACCGAGUGAUCAAGCUAGAAAGAGAAAUACAAGAGCACAUAUCCGCCCAACAAGCUUAUGAGAAGGAGAUUACAUAUUCUGCUAAAAGCAUGUCCAAAUUGGAGGAAGAACUGCGACAGGCACAAGCUGAGAAAUGCCGCAUGUUAGGAGACUGUUCCUCAAUCAGAGAACUGUGCGCCCAACUAGAUUCAAAUAAGGACUCUCUGUCACGGCAACUUACUACUAGAAAUAUGGAACAUGAAAGGACUUUAAGUGAACUGGAAGAUUCAAAGUCUGAAAAUGAGCUUCUAAAGAAACAACUGAAUAGUGAACGGGUCACUAUUAAGAAUCUUGAGACAUUAUUAACAUCAACACGAGAAAAGGAGCUUCAAUGUCACCUGAACAAGCAUGAAAAAGAAUCAGAGAUACAGCUUCUUGGAGACAAGCUAUCUCUAGCAGAAAGCAAAGUAUCAAGUCAGAAUCGAGAAUUAAUUCAACUUCGGACUAAAUCUUCACAGCUUCAAUCUGAGCUUGAUCUCAUAAAACGGCAACUCACGACAGAACGUUUUGAAAGAGAACGUGCAAUCCAGGAAAUGCGUCACCAUGGUCUUUCGACUACCGCCACUUCUUUGUCACCACUUAGAACAUCAAUGAGUCCUCUUUGUCGUUCCCAGGAUGCAUGCUCCCCUAAAGGAGUAUCAGAAUGUUCCACUGACUGUUAAAUGGCAAAUCAAAUACAGUAUAUUAAAGUGAUGUCAAGUGAACCACAUUACCAAUGGGUUUACUUUUGCUACGGUAAAAGUUCAAGAAAAAGCUGGUGGAAAGUACGAACAUUCGCUUUUAAACUGUGGAGAUUAAAAUUAUAUAACCUGAAAAUUGUGUCAAUUCUGUUUAAUUUUUUUCGCAUACUUUCAUAAACAUACUAACAAAAUGGGCUACUUAGACUCUCAGCUGAUAUGCCCACACAGUGCUGUAAAUAUCUGUAUUCUACUGCAAAUGGUUGCAAAGACAUUUUUAUUCUGUAAAGAUAUUUUUAUAUUGAAUUAGGUUUUCAAUGUUAACUAUAAAUUAUUUAUUGAUGUCUGCUGUCGGUAUCUAAAACUGUUUUGCUACCUGUUGUCCUUCAUUAAUAACUGUCGUUGAUUUAUCAUUUGAUGGUCAGCCAUACAAUGUAAACCAAAUCUUGAAAAUUCUCUAGACGUGUAUCUUUACAGCAUGUUUAAUAAAUGCACAGAUGGGCUGUAUACAACUGAUGGAUCAGCAUAAGCUUGUGGGAAAUGAGCAGUGAAUUUUUGAGAGUAAUUCAUGAGUAUCAAUUUGAUCACAUUUUUUAGAUCAAGUUUGUUUUGCUGAUUAGUCCAUGUGCAUUGAAUUCCCUGUGGAAUUACACAAAUUAAAUGAAGAUCAUUUAAAUUGUUAAAAUGUGCUUUCUUCACUAAAAUAUUCAAAUCACCUUUUGCCCACUACAGAUGGUCAAUUGUGAUAUUCCAGAAGUAUAAUAAUUUGGUUGCCUUGUAUGUGGUACAGCUGUUUCAUGUAUUUACCAACUGACACGAAUGAUGGUAUUACCUUUUUCUGAGGAAGCAUUUCUUAUUUGUUACUUUUUACAACAGUAAUAUCUUCAGCACAUGCUUUGUUACUAAGAGCUAUUUUAGAUAUACUUAUUGUUUUAUAUUUAGUUCAGAGUGCAUGAUUUUUUUUUGCCAAAUGUAAUUAUCUAUUUAUGAAAAAUAAAAAUGGUGAUUAUUGA